AUGGAGCUCCUGACACUUGCUGCAGCAGUGGCCAUAGUGCCUCGGGAGAAGAGGGUCGCAAUCUUCACUGGCUUGCAGGUAGUGAUGAAAUUGCCAGAGGAACUACUGGACAAGAAGGAUAAGGCGGACCAAGUGGUAGAGAGAGUGCACAACAGUCUGGCCCCCUGGGUGGCCAGACUGCUAGCCCCAAUAACAGCAGGGAGACUCAUCUGCCGCCAGGGUGAGAACUGCGUCAGGAACCUAUUUAUGGGCCACCUGAGGCCACACCCGCUUGACCCACAAGCAGCACAGCAACUUGCAGAAGCCCAGAAUGCAGCACCCGGUGAGCUGCCAACAGCGCCCAGGGCCAGGCUCACAUUAUCUCCUUCAACUCUCUCUCUCAACACCCCCAAUAGAAACAGCUACAACUUCAACCACAGGCACAGCAGCCACAUAAUUACCACCACUGCCACUGCCACUACAGCAACUGCAACUGCAGCCGCAGCCACCACAGGAACACAACCACUGCUUGUUCAUGACCAACCUGGCUCACAGCUUAGCCCCAGUGAUGCAGCGGCAGACAAACUGGUACAGGGGUGCAUACCCAGAGACAGAAAUGCAAUGAUGUCCUUGAGGCUGCAGACAGCUAGAGACCUGGGGAUACAUGAUGUCCUCCCACCAUCAACACUGGAGCUAGAAAAAAGAUGGGGCUCCAACUCGCAGAUGGCCAUGUGUGCCUAUGUACUCAAAUUGUCCCUGUUAAUUCUGCUUUUGGAGGAGUGGGCGCUGAACAUCAAGAAAUCCAUGGCUGAAGAGACCAAUUAUGGCCACAGUGAGCAGUUCAGAUACAAGGAACAGAUCACAGAGAAGACUGAGUUUAUAUACAACCACUGGAAGAAGAAAAAUGGCCAACAGGACUUCUAGGGGAGAAUAGUCAAGGAUUCUGCCUAAGAGGAGGUGUUGGUGGCUGUGACAGUCACAGACAACAGAUCGUAGCAGAGGUGCGAGGACAGCAGCCAUACCUCCCUAUAGCAUGGCAAUGAGGAGAUAACCUCUUGGACUUCAGACUGGUGGUACUUGUCACCAUGGGUCUGGAGAUAAGGGUUAUUACCAGUGGGGCUGCCUUUGACCUCGCCCACCUCUAGAGAUUUAACUUUGGUGAGUGAAUGGGGGAGGAACAGCUGCAAGGCAGUCCUGGACCUGCCAUUCGCAUCGCUGAGGCAAGAUAUAUUUUUUGAAAUAACUUGCCCAGGCCCAUAGGUCCAUAAUUGGUCCCUGUAAGGGGUGUUGUUUGGGUACUCGUUCAAUGUUUU